CGUCACAGCGUGCACUGUGUUGUGCGCCUUGUGUUUGCUCACCUCCUCAGCACCCGAAUCACGUUGUUUAUAGUCAUCACGUUGAAGCUUUACUUUCGGUUUGAAGAUUCCACACACGCCCAGCACAUUUGGGCGGACAUCGGUAACUUUUAUUUCCCCGAUCGCGUCCUUCCGCUCGUCCGUCGUUGUCUAGAUCGGUGACGUCACCUCAGACAAUGGCAGCCCACAGCGAGACGUGGUGCGCUCGCGUAUGACGUCACCCUUGGUUUAAAGAUUACUCUGCUCUACCUGAGGAGCCGACAGAAGUACAGGUGACUGCAUGGAGCGCUGCUGCUGCCGCCUGUGACGUCACAGACAGCCCCGAAAGCGAUCCCAAGAUGGAGGAUGAAAGUAUGCUGCAAGUGGAUUCCAUCCUGGAGGCGGUGAAAAAGCACUUCAGUCAAAUCUCCACGGCUCAGUGGAAUCUGCUGGUUUCUGGGACCCCGGACUCUGAAACCAGGGCCAUCUUGGUCGACACCAUCAGCGAGGUGGUCCAGAGGCUCUCCUCCGAGGUGGUGAAGCGCCUGCUGCCCGCCCUCAACGAGCACCUGCGCGGGCAAUCGUCUCAGGCUCAGGUGAGCCGCGCCAUCGACCGGUGCAGCCCGAAGAUGAGCGAGUGCAUCACCGAGACGUUCGCCGCCGCCCUGGACCUCCCGCCGCAGAAGUACGAGGGCGCCGGGGAGCUCACCACGCUGGUGGAGUCGGAGGUGAAACACCGGGUGACAUCGGCCUUGACCGUAGCCCAGAGCGCCACCGAGUGGCCGUCGGAGCCCACCCUCUUCAUCCGCAGCAGCAUGUCCAGCGUUGGCGCCCUGACCUCCAUCUUUCGCCAGGCUGUGGAGUAUUUAAAGCAGGUGUUCGCUCGGGCGUGCACGCCAUGCGUGACGCUGUGUGGUCGUUCCGCCCUUAAGAACAGCGAAAUGACCGAAGCCGUGAGCGGAAUCCUCUUAAAGUGGUCCACCGCCAGCCAGGGCGAGACGACCACCGAAACCGAGGACCCGGUGACCGUGGAGAGCGCUCAGUUGACGGCGGAGGACAUCACCAAGAGCAUCAUCCAGGAGUCCACCCCGGCGUCCGGAGACACAACUGACCGCGUGGAAAGCCGCAUCUCUCGCUUCAACCUCAACAUGAAGCUGAUCUCCAACAAAGUCAAGAACUUCUUCAAGUCGCAGGAGAAGCCCGGCGUGGACGGCCAGGUCAAGCUGCGCAGGUUCCGCUUCUUGAAGUUUGCCCGCAUGCAGUUUGCACGCAUGCUGGGAGGACUGAAGCGAGCCUUUAAGAACCAGGACGCAUGUCUGGUGUUCCUCAAGUCUGAGCGCCGGGACGAGAAGAGCAUGUUGUCUCCCAAAGGGGACGUCAAAGGCGCCUUCAGGACCAGCACCUUACACGCCAGUCCCUCCCAGCGUCCCGUGUUCGAGUUCGAGGCCAUCCAGGAGAAAGUGCUUAAGAUGUUCGAAGACCUCGGCCGCAUGGCGCCAGAAGCUCGUGAGGAAAAAAUCAAGCGCUACAUGGACGAGAAGCUGAAGGGCUUUUCUGAAGAACUCACCUCUCAACUAUACGAGUACAUCAUGUCCUCCCACAGCGAGGUAUACGAGGUGCCGUCCAGCCGCGCCGACACUCCUUUUAUGGACUCGGUCCUGUGGGGACGACGGGGUAAGAAACACUGGGAUGGUCAGAUCUUUUCUCCUGAAGUCUUGUACGCCAUGACGGAGGACGCGGCGUGGAGGUUCUUGCAACAGCUGGUCUUCUGGAUGGAGACGGAGCCGCUAACCGAGGCAGCGUAUGCCGACGAGGUGUCCGGCGCCGUGAGCGAGAUCAACCAGCUGGUGGUCUCCUCCCUCCACACAGGUGAGGUUGCUGAGAAGGUGCCGCCUGUUAAAGUGCAAAGACUCCCAGUGAUAAGUACGAUUGAAACGUCUGAGGAGGACAAAAAUCUAACAACGGCCUCUGCAACGAGCUCCUCAUCACCUUCCCAAACACUAAUUCCUCGACAGCACACAUCAUCGUCCGACGUGCCGUCAUUUCAGGAUUUGACUCCGCUCCUGGCGUACACGCUGACCGCGCAGCUGGGACAGCGCCUCCCGAGGAAAUGCAAGAAGUCUCUGAAGACGGACGCCCUCCUCCUGGUCAUGGAUCAUCUGUCCACCAGGGCCAUGAAGGAAAUCAGCCCCGACCACAUUGAAAAAAUCCACACGAUGGCCCACUUGGAGGAGGUGGUGACAGCUCUGGUCAAGAAGCUCCUUGUGGACUUUGGCUCUCCGGACAAGCUGGUGGAAGCCUUGAUGGCGGACGAGGUAUCUUUCAACGACGCCGUCAUCAGGCACCUCAAAAUCCACCUGGACGAACUCAAAGAAUCGCCGCAGGACAAUUUUUUAUCAAAGGUUUGCUGCUACCCUUAUCGCUGACAACCUUGUGACGGACAUUAAGAGUUGUUGACAAACUGCAUCAAUAAGAACAAUGUGUACAGAUUUUCAGAAAAAAAAAAUGCUGUUAUUUCUUAGAGAAAACCUGCAAAAAAAUGCACCAUCAAACAACAUUAAAGGAAACAAACCAAGA